AUGUCACGACUUGUUCGAGUUGGACAUGUGUUGAAACCACCACAACUCCUCUCCCUUAGAGCAAACUCUACCAUAUCGAAUGCUCUGAGGCAAAUACAAACGCAGCAACCGUCGUUGGCCGUCGAUUCAUCCCAAGUCAAGAUUCUCAACUUGCCGCAAGAGUUUUAUUCGACAUUACUCGAACGAAUAAAAAAUGCAAAGUCGCGAAUCUUUCUUUCGUCUCUGUAUGUUGGGCAUGACGAGCACGAGUUGCUUCAUGCACUUGAGGACGCGUUGAAGACCAAGCCAAACCUCCAGGUUCAUCUGCAAUUGGAUUACUUUCGCUCAACACGUCCUGGAGCGGAUAGCACAGCACUCGCUCUAUUACCACUAGUCAAAGCAUAUUCAGAUCGGAUACAUGUCAACUUGUAUCGCAGCCCAACGCUCAAGGGCCUUACCGCUCGCAUCGUACCGAGGCGAUUUGACGAAGGUUGGGGCACAUGGCAUGCGAAAGUAUAUGGAACCGAUAAUGAUAUUAUAAUUUCGGGAGCCAACCUCAAUCGGAGCUAUUUUGUCAAUCGACAAGAUCGUUAUAUAGCUUUCACCGAGCACAAAGGAUUGGCGGAUUAUUGUGCAGAGUUUCUGGAUAUUUUUUCGCGCCACUCCUUCUCACUACAGCCAUCCAGGAGCAAGCCAUAUGCUCUCGAGUGGCGGAGCAAAGAUGGUGAAUACCAGACUUUUGUCCCCCGCCUUCGACAAGAGCUAGAGUCGUUCCAACACCGGCAUAGAGCUAGGGAACCCUCAAAGCAAUCUGAUGUGCAGCUCAUUCCGAUGAUACAGUCUGGACCGCUUGAUAUACGCGAGGAAGAACGUGCACUCUCAAAUCUACUCUAUACUUUCUCCCGUUCACAUCAGAGUCAUGUAGACCUUACAAGCGGCUAUUUCGCACUUUACGAGCCAUAUCGACUACUUGUCUACAACUCCCAGUGUCGAUGGAAGAUAUUGGCGGCGAGUCCCAAGGCCAAUGGUUUCUAUGGCUCAAAGGGAAUAUCAGGUAGGAUCCCGGAUGGAUAUACCAUACUAGAGCGCGAGUUUUGGAAAGGCGUCAAGCUGAGCCGGAAAGCCGACCAGGUCGACUUGCGGGAAUGGGAAAAGGCAGGCUGGACGUAUCAUGCCAAAGGCAUUUGGCUUCGACCCAAGAGUGACGAACACCCGACAACAACUGUCUUCGGAUCAACAAACCUCAAUUCAAGAUCCGCAAACUUGGACACAGAGCUUUCUUUUAUCAUGCAUACACAAUCCGAUUCAUUACGUGCACGUCUACAUGACGAGGCGAAUCGCAUCUGGGCAAACGCAUCGACCGCUGGAGAAGGAAACCUGGUCGCAACCCAGCCGGAAACCAACCUUUACCACUGA